UGAUACCUGGUCACGCAGGAGCCCUGUGCACUUUGCUUACAAACGGGUGAAUACUUCGCAGACGAUGUGAUGAUCAUCAUGACUAUAAUGGUGGUGUGCGCCAGCCGUCUGUCUACGUUUCGUCGAGGUAGAAUAGUAGGAAACAUCAGCCCCUAGGAAUCUGGUCACGUGGGUGACAGUUAUGAGAGGACAAGAAACGCUCCAUCGUGCAAACUGUUACGAAGACACGAAGGUAGGUCUUUGGUUAGCGAGAGGCGAUCAGCCAUUGAUGUCUGACGUCACAUAAACAAGCAAAUCUUGAACCUUGACCCAUGGCACGUGACCCUAGAAGCCUUAUCUCGGUCUCUUGACCCCAUCGCGAGUUUCACCGUUUGUGUGCCAGCGGGUCUGUUCUGACGCGGUCAUAGAACUUGACAGGUAAUUCCCUUCACUUACUUAUUUGAAAUAUACUUUGAAGUCAGUGUCAGCAGUAGCACCAUCUUGGUUUUUACUCCAUGCUCCCUGUCGGUGCACAUUAUGUCAAGGUCAUCACAUAGAUGUGACACGGAGGAUAUUUUGCUAAUUACUCAUCAUCACCCCUUCUCUACCACCAAGACUGUCUUACUACGAUAGGUGAAGAUCAGCUGUCACCGGCACCACUCACAGGAACUGGGGGAGAAAAACGGUGGGUCUUAGACACUAAGUUCAGGAAGACAUGAGCAUGCUGACAGAAGAAAAUUCCUCCGGCCUGGUGGCAGAAGCACAAGAAGCCAUAAACAAAUAUCUCAUGCCGGGGUUGGGAGCUAGAAAUAGCAUCGAGCACUACAGCGCAACCAGCGACAUGUAUGAAGUUUACCUGACGGCGUUUGACUACAAUGGUCCCAGGACGACGGCUGCGACUCUGGCAGACCUGUACCCACCAGAAACAAGGGAGGCAGUGAAGAUUCUGGACGUUGCAGCUGGCACCGGCUUGGUGGGCGAAGAGCUUCUUGCCCUGGGCUUUCGUCAGAUGGACGCCCUUGAUCCCAGCGAGGGUAUGCUGAGCAAGGCGCGAGAAAGGAAUCUACAGCAGGCUUUCAACGAGGCCAUCGGAGACACUCGGCUACCCAUAGACGACGGUGCUUACGACGCCUUGGUGGUCUGUGGCGGAAUGGGCGAAAACCAGAUUCCCUGCUCGGCCAUUCAGGAAAUGAUACGCGUGGUAAAGCCAGGGGGCUACAUAGUGAACGUGACACGAGUUGAACACCUGGACAAGUGUUCGGACUACGUGGGACGCCUUCAGCCCCUCAUGAGGCGCCUGGAGGACGAAGGCAAGUGGAAGUCCGUCUCGAGCUCCACCUUUCCCAAUUUCCUGAGAGGCAAAGAGGGCCUCGUUCUCGUCCAUCAGGUGCUGUGAGCACGCGGAGCACCCAAGCUGCUGUCAUCAGGGCAAUGAGAGUGGCGAGUAAAGCUUUUAAAAGCCGAAACCAGUGGUUGUGCUGCUUCCACUGGGGUGGAUUCCAAGUCUCUCUAGCUACUGAGGAUGGAUUUUGCCGUAAAGUGACGGCUAAUGCUUGGAUACAAUUGGUUGCAUACCAAGACGAUCAAAGAGAAAGAUGUCAGACAACAAUAACAACAACAAAGAAGCAAAACUAAACAUGAUCGUUGCACCAAAGAAAUACUUCAUUGUAAAGUUUGAGCCUGGUCCAGCACCAAGGGGAUGUGAUCAGAAAUAAAGGUCACGCCACCAAACUAUUGUCUGACAAGAUUCAUGCACAUACCAAGAGUAGCUCGGGUAAGCCCACCCGUCAGAGAAGGUAAUCAUCUUGAUCCCAUUCAACUAGAGCAGUGGUUCUUAACCUGGGUUCGAUCGAACCCUAGGGGUUCGGUGAGUCGGUCUCAGGGGUUCGGCGGAGCCUCCGCCACGGAGGUGAAGACACACCCGCAAUUCGUGAUGAAACUAUAGAAGUGAAUGUGCUUACAAAACUUGUGGGUUCGGUACCUCAAAAAAGGUUAAGAACCACUGUCCUAGCAAGUCACAGGAGGUGGACAACUAAGAAAUGAGUUACCCCGUAGGUAAAAGAAUGCUAAGUAGUUUUUUUAAGAUGAUAUUUCUAGUAAUACCCAAAUACACUUAAAAACCGCACUAUUAAGCUUAAACAAAAAGUUUGAAUUGUUACGAUUAGCUCAUUAUUUUGUGUUAUUUUUGACAGUUUGUGUUCAUGAUGUCUCCCUUUAUUGUACUUUUGAACUUCAACUACAGUGGUUGCUAUGGUGAAUACUGUGCUUUGAUCUGUUUGUAUCUACUUUAUUGGAAUCCACUACACAUGCGCUGUAUGUCCUGUACAUUUCUAAGAAUUUUUUUAUUCAGUCUUCUUUCACUUCUUCACAUCUUUGUUUCUGGAGCCGCUCUAGUGAAAAUAGUGUACAAAGAGUUCCCGAAGCAUGCUAUUCUUUGUUUUAGUACUACGCUAAUAGACAAAACACAUUUACCUACAUGGACACACGAGAAAAGCAAGAUGGAGGGCUAAGAGAUAAGAAAAAGAGAGAGAUGACUGUCCAUAUCAGUUUAUAAUAUCUCUCUCUCUCUCUCUGUCUCUCUGUCUGUCUGUCUGUCUCUCUCUGUCUGUCUGUGUCACUAUAUAUAUGAAAAUUUCCCAGUUCUCACGCCCGUCCCUCACAUCCCCAGUUUAUGAAGUCCACUUGACUCUAGGUUCCCUCGCCCUCACUCCCAGUACGUUAGCGCACGCGGCUGUCUUCAGCCUCCAUCCUUGUAUGGUUGACACUGGUGACAAUAACAAGUUUUUACUGCGUGUACAAUAUUCAGUGAAAUGUAUUUUUUGCCCUUUUCAGUUUAUAAAUGUACAUAACGCACUAUGAUAUCUGUAUUUCUCAAUUAAUAACUUCAGCGUGUUAUUAUUGUUGAUGCUGCUGGCAAUAAUGAUGAUAAGAGUACAACUACUUCAUUAAAGUGAUCUCAGAGCCGAAACAUUUUAUAUCUGAUAUUUUCUUAUAUCGUGAUUUACAC